AUGACAUCUCAGCCACCGACAUCGAGCAGUACUGCCACCACCUCAUCCCAGUCGUUCCUGCUAGCACCACUUCAAUCGUCAACAUGCUCCAAUGUACCCAUAACGCCAGGCAAGGCACGCAAACAGGCACAGGCGCAACGCACACGGCUUGUUGCGGUAAGAAUUCAACUCUACGGCGGCGGCGUCUAUGCAAACUUCAAGGUUAAGCAUGGCUGGUCGAAGCAAUCAUUAUCGGAAGUUGAGAACUUGUACUACCGUCAACAUCAAUCCAGCACGAGCACUGGCAGCUCUAAUAGCAACGCAACUGCUUCUGCUGCAGCUACGGCAGGUAAGAGCGCAUCAACGUCGCCGAACAACAAUGCUUCAAAGGCACCAGUGACGCCGAGCGUUGCUGCAAGACAAGGCCAGGUGGGCGUCGGAUCCCGGCUGUUCAAGGAUGCGGCGAUCAAGAAGAUUGACAUUGAAGGCGGUGAUGUAUUUGGCGGUUAUGGACUUGCGACGCCACCUGCUUCCGUCGGCAGCUUUUCAGGUGCGACUUCGUACCUGACGAGCAAGCGUGGUCGCUCGACUUCAUCGACACCCAUCUCGCCACCCAACGCCAGCGCCGCUUCUUGCGCGUCAAAGGGAGCCGAUGCAGCAAGGCCAGGGACAAAGCGAUCUCCGAACAGCGGCAACAACUCGAGCAACAACAACAACAGCAGCUCACGUCGAUUGGCUGGAUCGGCUUCUGCUACUUCAGGAGGAGCAACAAGCUAUGCAGACUUUUGGAGCCGUGUCGGAAGCUCUGCAGCGACGUCAACCGCUGCUGCGACCAACACGACAUUGAGAUCGGACAGUCCUAGCAAAAAGAGAAGUGUCGAUGAGGUGUCCGCAGACCAAGCUGUUGGCUCUAGAGGGGCGGAUAGUGGAGCAGAUAGUGGGACAGAUAGUGGAGCGAAUAGUGGAGCGACAGGUGCGACGAACAGGAGCCCGCACAAGCGUGUUCGAAUGGAAUCGGAUGGGGAUCGUGCUUCGACAGCGUCGGCUUCGAAUAGUCCUGCCAAAGCAGCUCUUGCCAACAGAGGACCGAGUUUUGCCAGCAGCGUCGGCAGGCAUUAG